AUGGCAGACCCCUUCUCAAUCGCCACAGGGGUGCUAGGCAUUAUCGGGAUGGCUGCAGGCCUCACCAAGUCGCUCCACCAAUUCUCGACGUCUAUCAAAACGUCGUCUGAAACACUUCUUCAGAUUCGGACGAAUACUGAUAUAUUGUCGCAUAUGCUCACGGACCUUUCGCCGGUCUUGAGUGAUCCUUCUGUUAGUUCGCACGAGAAGGAAGUGAUCGAGAUGUGUGUCAAUAACUGUAAAGGGAACUUUGAAAGGAUUGAGAAGCUGGUUCGGCCGUUUAUGAAGGAUGUGGUGGAACCGGUGUCAAAGAUCGAUGUGAAGGAAGAAGAUAGUGAAGGUGCUGCUAUGGACCGGGCUUUAAAACCCACACCAAAAAGUCUGGAUAUCGAUGAUACAAAAAGCAAACUCCGCUUAAAACUUAGAAAAAUUGGCUGGCCGUUUCGAGAAAAAGAGACGAAGGAACUACUAGAAAUUAUCGAUAGGACAAUACAGCACUUGGGGUUGGCGUUGGACACGGUACACUCUAAAACUUCGUUGAAGGUUUUAACACUCGCAGAAUACCAAAAGCAAGCUUUGAAAGAUACUCACGCUGUUGCAACGACAAUUGAGUCGCAUACAGUAGAGAUUGAAGCUAUUGUUAGGAGUAACUCUGACACGCUGAAGAAUUUGGAAAGCCAUAGUCAAAGGACAUCUAAUGCAAUAGAAGUACGACUGCAGCAGUUGGAAGAUACUCAUAAAGAGAGAGAGCAAGAAACAAAAAAGCUAUUACUUCAACUUCUGGAUCGGAUUGAAUCCUCAGGGUCCCUAACGACGAUUGGGGGCUCAGAAAUUAUACAUGCUGUGGAUCCAUUGGCGAGGCAGAUUAUGCAAAAGACACUCAACCGUGACUUUUCGACUAAGAAUGCCUACGCCGAUGUUUCGGGGGCCAUUAGGGACCCUCCUCCGGCCUACUCUGCUACAGACCAGAACCCACAAGAAGUCUAUAACACGAAAACAAAAGAUUGGUCCUGGGAAACGCCAUUUGGUCGGAUAUCGGUAUUCUCAACCCACCAUCAACGAGAUGAAGCCAACUCAAGCAUAAUAGUUUCGAAAGAUAGAUCUGCUAGUCGAUACAAGAUGAUGUUCACGCCGGCUCCAUGGUUAUACAAUCAAGCUGCGACAUUUGCGUUCAUAAAGCGGGUGGAUGGCUUUGGAAUACAAUUCACUACUCCUGCUAUCUUUAAAUCCGAUGAACCGGCAUUGAAAUACCUAAGGCGAGGAGAAUUCGAAAAGUUGAGAAAUACUUUGGGUGCAAAUGCCUUUUUACUAAAUGCUGUGCAUGAAACAAGUGGGCGAACACUGUUAGCGGAAGCAGUUCGGUGCCGCCGCUACGAUGCCUGUAAAUAUCUUUUGGACCUAGGCGCAGACCCGGAAGCCGAAGACCACCGCGGAAGCACCCUUUUCAAUUUACUCUUCAACCUCAACGUAAAAUCCUACCAAAUCAAUACCUGUCUCAAGAUAUUUUCUCUUCUAAUCAACACACGAGCCGAUCUUUUCCGCGGCAAAGCAACUGUCAUGCAUUCCGCGGUGACGACUCAAUAUGUAAACCUCGAUCCAAGCUCAACACAGAAGGUGCUGAAGACUGUGUACUCAUCUGUAUCAGGUCUGACCUCAAUUGACGACGCAGAUAUCGCUGGAAACUCGCCGUUGGUUUCAGCUUGUACAUAUGGGCAUGAUAACCCUGUGGUUAUUGACUUUUUAUUACAGAAUGGUGCGGCAAGGGAUGUUCUGCCGGAGAAACAUGUCCCAAAAUCGGUACCGCUGGGGAAGAUACCGGCCUCUGUAACAUCAGCAUACCCUGCUUUUUACGCGACAGCUAGAGCGGGCUAUAUAGCUUCUAUGCGUCGCCUUAUUGAAUCUAAGAUACCCGGCGAUCCAAACCUUCGAACUGACUACGGCCGUACGAUCCUUCAUAACAACAUCCGCCGUUCUGUCAAAUAUAACACGCCAAGAAAAUCAUCAAACUCGAGGGUUUCGCAGUUCCAAAAGAAACAUGAGUUUUGCAUUGUGCUGCACUCGGACCGUUCUGCGACGAUGCUUAUGGUUCUAGUUGGCUGCGGCGUUGAUGUCGAUAUUGAAGAUCAAGAUGGGCGAACCGCAUGGGAGCUGGCUGUGAAAUAUGAUAGAGUGAAAUUGAAGGCGUGGAGGUGGUUUGGGGUCGAAAUGUUCAAACGUGGAAAACUGGCUGAACGUGAUUUGAAAGGCCAUGUGGCAAAGCACUUAUACAUGAAAGGAGACUGGUGGAAAGAGGCAGGGCAAAAGGGCAUGGAAGAAGAAAAAGAAGAAACCCAGCCUCAAGAUAUGCCCAUCCCUAAACUUCCCGAUGACGACGAGUGGCUAUUCAUGGAUUCUAUGCAUCCGUUCGAGAGCGAGCAGGUUUUCGGGGAGGACAUGAAACUUGACCCUGAGGCGGCUGGCGUAAAAUAUAGAUUCCCCAUUGACGAGUUUUGGGCGAGAAAAGAUAUAGAGCGGAUGAAGAAAAAGAAGAUAUAUCAUCCAGGCGACAAGCGGGACAGCGAAAAGCAAGAUAUCAGCAUUAAUAGGACUUGGAUGGGUACAGUCGGAAACGUCCUUGCUGCCUUUGUAGGUUAA